AUGAUUAAAUACCUUUUGGCGUAUAAAGAACGGUGGAGUUGUCUAUUUAGAAUCAGAUUGUGUGUUGAAACGACACUGUUAAUCAUGCCAACAAACGAAGGUACAACAUUUAGUGAAAUCCUCGAACAAACACAAAAUUGUGAGGAUUUUAAUGAUGCAUUAUCAACAAAUUCAAAAGAAGAUCAAAAAGAACAUUCUGAUGAAGACAACAUGAUGGACAAUUUGUGGAUCAAACCAGCUCAAUCAAAUGCAUCUUUUGAAUCUACUCCAGUUAAAUCAAAACAUGAAAUUUUUUUAAGAAAUUUCUUUGAAAUAAUGCUGCAAGAUGCUGUAUUUGAUGGAACAUCACGAAAAACCAAGGUCGUUGAAUGGAUUGAACCUGAGAAUUUGUCAUCACUGGUGAAUUUACACUUGUCAGAAACAGGAUCAACACAUGAACAAUUACUUCAAUUAACUCGUAACAUAAUAAAAUACAGUGUUAAAACAGGAAAUCCACGUUUUGUAAAUCAAUUAUUUUCUGGAUUAGAUCCAUAUGGUCUUGCUGGUCAAUGGUUAACUGAUGCACUUAAUCCAUCAGUUUAUACAUAUGAAGUAUCACCAGUAUUUUCAGUUAUGGAAGAAGAAAUAUUACGUGAAAUGAGAUUAAAAAUUGGCUGGAAUAAUGGUGAUGGUAUAUUUUGUCCAGGUGGAUCAAUGGCAAAUGGAUAUGCAAUUAAUCUUGCACGUUAUAAUAAAUAUCCAGAUAUUAAAAAUAAUGGUUUAUCUGGUAUAAAAAGACUUGUUGUAUUUACAUCAAAAGAUGCACAUUAUUCAAUUGCAAAAUUAUCAGCAUUUUUAGGUAUUGGUACAAAUAAUGUUUAUCCAAUUGAUGUUGAUAAAAAAGGAAAAAUGUGUAUUAAAAAUUUAGAAAAACAAGUUUGUCGUUCAAUUGAAGAAGGUGCAUGUCCAUUUAUUGUAUCAGCAACAUCAGGAACAACUGUAUUGGGUGCAUUUGAUUCACUAAGAGAUAUUAAUGUUAUAUGUAAAAAAUAUAAUAUGUGGUUUCAUGUUGAUGCUGCAUGGGGUGGUGGUACCUUGAUGUCAAAUAAAUGGAAAUAUCUUGUUGAUGGUAUUGAACUUGCUGAUUCAGUAACAUGGAAUCCACAUAAAAUGUUAGCAGCACCACAACAAUGCUCAACAUUUUUAACACGUCAUGAAAAUAUUCUUAAAUUAGCACACAGUGCAAAUGCAACAUAUCUAUUUCAAAAAGAUAAAUUUUAUGAUACAUCAUAUGAUUCAGGUGAUAAACAUAUACAAUGUGGACGUCGUGCUGAUGUAUUAAAAUUUUGGUUUAUGUGGAAAGCUAAAGGUACAUCAGGUUUUGAACAACAUGUUGAUAAAUUAUUUUAUCUUUCACGUUAUUUUGUUGAUUUAAUUAUAAAACGUGAUGGAUGGAAAUUAAUUCAAUUACCAGAAUGUCUUAAUGUAUGUUUUUGGUAUAUACCAAAAUCAAUGAGACAUCUUGAUGGCAAAGAACUUGAUCAGCAACUUCAUAAAAUAGCACCAAUUAUCAAAGAAAAAAUGGUUAAAAAAGGAUCAAUGCUUGUUACAUAUCAGCCACUUGAUGAUAAACCAAAUUUUUUUAGAUUAGUCAUACAGAGCUCUGGUGUUACGGAAAUUGAUAUGAAAUUUUUCGUUGAAGAAUUUGAAAAUUUAUCAGAUAAUCUUUAAAAAUAAUAAUCAUUUUUAAUUUUAAUUUAUAUUACUAUUGUACAGUUUUUUUUGUAGAUUAUUAAGACAAAAGAGAGAGAAAAAAAAAAAUUACAGAUUAUUGUGAAUAAUAUUAUUAAGUAAUUUGAUCAAAAAAGAAAAAAAAAAAAAGAAAAUAUUAUUUACUCAAGUGGAUAUGUCGAGAGAAAUUAUAUAUAUACAAUAACUGAUUUUAGAUACACCAACACUUUUAAGCUUACCAGAAGCUCAACAAAAUUAAUUAAAAACACAUCAAUAAAAUUGUCAAACACACAAAAAAAAAAUACAUUCAUUAAUAUCAUUCAUAUAGAAGUACAUAUUAUUAAGUUGUUGUUGAUCAAUCUAUCAAUCUAUAAUAAAAAAAAAAUUGACUAACUAUAUUCUUCAAGAAAUUUCAUAUGAAAUUCUUUAAUGCUUUGUAGCAUUGUUUUGAUUUUAUCUUUUUGUGGUAAAAUUGUUGUUCUAUAAUGAUAAGUACCAGGAACUUGUCCAAAUCCAGAACCAGGAAUAACACAAAUACCAGUUGAUUCAAGUAAUUUAAAUGCAUAAAAUACAUCUGGUGCUUUACCCUCUAA